UUCCCUCGUCGAUGGGGAAGGACCUUGGAAGAUGAAGGGGCACUUGUACACGUGAGAAAGCGUAAACUAGCAAACUUCUCAUUUGAUGACUUCAAUCCGACCAAAAGAAGGUGCAGUGUUGUCCGGAAGGCUCGUGACCGAUAGACGACGGAGAGAUGCAUUAUUGGGUUCGAGCUGACUCCACUGAUUUCGGUGGAACUCUUCCACAGCCUCGAAGCGGCCACACUGCAGUCAAUGUUGGGAAAUCAAAGGUGGUUGUGUUCGGUGGCCUCGUUGAUAAGAGAUUUCUCGGUGAUAUUGGUGUUUACGAUCCGGAGAAUAAAGUAUGGUUUCAGCCGGAGUGCACUGGCAAUGGGUCUGAUGGGCAAGUGGGCCCAAGCCCACGAGCAUUUCAUGUUGCUGUGGCCAUUGACUGCCAUAUGUUUGUCUUUGGUGGGCGUUCUGGUAACAAAAGGUUAGGCGACUUUUGGGUCCUUGAUACUGAUAUCUGGCAAUGGUCAGAACUGACCAGUUUUGGGGAUUUACCUUCUCCGCGAGACUUUGCGGCAGCUUCACCCAUUGGAAACAGAAAAAUUGUUAUGUAUGGUGGCUGGGAUGGUAAAAAAUGGCUUUCAGAUGUUUAUGUCUUGGACACUAUAUCACUUGAAUGGACAGAAUUAUCCGUAUCUGGUUCGUUGCCACCGCCAAGGUGUGGCCAUACAGCAACUAUGGUUGAGAAGAGGUUGCUUGCCUUUGGUGGCAGAGGUGGUGGUGGACCUAUCAUGGGCGAUUUGUGGGCUUUAAAGGGUCUUAUUGAAGAAGAGAAUGAGACACCAGGGUGGACCCAGCUGAAGCUUCCUGGCCAGUCGCCUUCUCCCCGUUGUGGCCAUACAAUGACAUCUGGCGGACAUUAUCUCUUGUUAUUUGGGGGGCAUGGAACUGGAGGUUGGUUGAGUCGAUAUGACAUCUAUCACAAUGAUUGCAUUGUUUUAGACAGAGUAUCUGUGCAGUGGAAGCGCUUACCUACUAGCAAUGAACCCCCUCCGGCCCGAGCUUACCAUUCAAUGACUUGCAUUGGUUCACGCUAUCUCUUAUUUGGCGGCUUUGAUGGGAAAUACACAUUUGGUGAUCUGUGGUGGUUAGUUCCAGAAGAUGAUCCAAUUGCGAAGCGAUUGCCAGCAUCUUCUCCCGGAAGUCUUCCUGAAGGCAAGGAUGUAUCAGCUUCAAGCACUUCAUUCAAAUCUGGAUCUAAGGAAAACCAAAAAGAAGAAUCUCCAAUUGAAGAAUUGCAAAAAAGAUUAGAAUUUUCGGUUUCACCUUCCACUCCUGAGCUUGAGAUCAUAGAUGAAUCAGAGGACAAAGAAUUUCUUGAACUAUCAUCAAGGUUGACUGGAGAAAGGGUGUCUGCUAAAGAAGAGAUGACACAUCAGGCGGUACAGGCACUUCGCGAUCAUUGGAAGAAGUCUUCACCAAGAGCUAUACCACUAAGGGAGCUAGGCCCCUUGCUUCGAGACUACCACCGUUUGAUAAGCCGUCACCAUUUAUAUGAUUCACUGUCUGCAGAGUAUGGUCAUUCUGGGCAGCAGAGUUAUCGCUUCUAUCAUAUUAAAACAGCUUCUCAGUUGCGUAUGGGUGAUGUUUCAAAUCUGCUUACUGAGUAUAAACAUCUAUUAUCAAGUUGAAGAGUAUCUUCAGGUUGUAAAAUUUUUAUUUAUUACUAUGAAGAAGGGAUGAGAGAUUACUUUUCAGCAAUUGUAACUCUUGAAUUAAUACUCUGUAGUUG